GGUUUCGGCGAGGCAUUCCCCAAACCCUCAGGACCUCUGCCUGGUUUUGGUGGGAUUUUGUGCAGUGCAUCCCGUGCUGUGUCAAAGCCCACUUACUUUUUAUUGUAUCAAUCAUCCUCUUUAUGCAGCACCACGACUCGGAGAACGCUUGCAGGUCCUGUUCUGAAUGAGCUGCGCUUGCUGCCAGCUCAGCCUAGUUACUGCUGUAACUUAGUCUGGGGGAUGGGAGAAAAAGGUUGCUGCUACUUUAAAUAUAAUGCAUUAAGAGGAUGCUGGAAAAAGGCCUGCAUGCUGUAAUACCCAGCCAUCGAGUUGGAAAAGGAGCCAGAUGUAAUACAAAAGAAGAAACACAGCCUCUUAUGGAUGCUGCACUAAUUCAUAAAUCAGGUGAAUCAGCUUAGGCAACUGCUGUGUUUUUAUGCCUCUGCUGCAUGGAGAACUGCAUGUUGGAUGCUUUUAUUUGAAGUAAUGGAACCAGAUAAUCCUUUGGACCAGGACAACUCCAAUGAGUCGCCCCCGGAGCGCUGCGGGCAGAGGCGCAGCAUGCCCAGCGGCAUCGCGGAGAAGAACCCCAGCAUGGAGCCCGCGGCCACCACGCCCUUCCGCGUCACGGGGUUCCUCAGCCGUCGGCUCAAAGGCUCCAUCAAAAGGACAAAGAGCCAACCGAAGCUCGAUAGGAACAGCAGCUUCCGGCACAUUUUACCUGGCUUCAGGAGCGUGGACCAUGAAAGAUCCCAUCUAAUGCCGAGGCUGAAGGAGUCGCGCUCCCACGAGUCCCUGCUCAGUCCCAGUAGUGCUGUUGAGGCUCUGGAUCUCAGCAUGGAGGAGGAGGUGGUCAUCAAGCCAGUCCACAGCAGCAUCCUGGGACAAGACUACUGCUUUGAGGUGACGACUUCAUCAGGCAGCAAAUGCUUCUCGUGCCGUUCGGCGGCGGAGCGAGAUAAAUGGAUGGAGAACCUGCGGCGUGCCGUGCACCCCAACAAGGACAACAGCAGAAGGGUAGAGAAUAUGUUAAAGUUAUGGAUUAUUGAAGCCAAGGACCUGCCAGCUAAGAAAAAAUACCUGUGUGAAUUAUGCCUGGAUGACGUUCUUUAUGCACGAACUACCUGUAAAUUGAAAACUGAUAAUGUCUUUUGGGGGGAGCACUUUGAAUUUAAUAACCUCCCAUCGCUCAAAAACAUUACUGUGCACUUAUACAAAGAGACUGACAAGAAGAAGAAGAAGGACAAGACCAACUUCAUUGGGCAGGUGAACAUCCCUGUGAGCUCGGUGACGGGCCGGCAGUUCGUGGAGAAGUGGUACCCAGUGGUGAGCCCCAACCCCGGCAAGGGCAAGGCCCCAGGGCCCAUGAUCCGCAUCAAAUCCCGCUACCAGAGCAUGAGCAUCCUCCCCAUGGAGAUGUACAAGGAGUUUGCUGAGUACAUCACCAACAACUACAUGGUGCUGUGCUCGGUGCUGGAGCCCUCGCUGAGCGUCAAGAACAAGGAGGAGAUGGCGUCAGCUCUGGUGCACAUCCUGCAGAGCACGGGCAAGGCCAAGGAUUUCUUGACUGACCUGAUGAUGUCUGAAGUUGAUCGCUGUGGUGAGAAUGAGCAUCUCAUUUUCAGGGAGAACACACUGGCCACCAAAGCAAUUGAAGAAUACCUGAAGCUGGUGGGGCAGAAAUACUUACAAGAUGCCUUAGGGGAGUUCAUCAAGGCACUGUAUGAAUCAGAUGAAAACUGUGAGGUGGAUCCCAGCAAAUGUUCAUCUUCGGACCUCCCCGAACAUCAGGGCAACCUGAAGAUGUGCUGUGAGCUGGCCUUCUGCAAGAUCAUAAACUCCUACUGCGUCUUCCCAAGAGAGCUCAAAGAAGUUUUUGCCUCGUGGAGACAGGAGUGCAGCAACCGAGGCCGGCCCGACAUCAGCGAGCGGCUGAUCAGCGCCUCGCUGUUCCUGCGCUUCCUGUGCCCGGCCAUCAUGUCCCCGUCCCUGUUCAGCCUGCUCCAGGAGUACCCCGACGACCGCACCGCGCGCACCCUGACCCUCAUCGCCAAGGUCACCCAGAACCUCGCCAACUUUGCCAAGUUUGGCAGCAAAGAGGAAUACAUGUCCUUUAUGAAUCAGUUCCUGGAACAUGAAUGGACUAACAUGCAGAGAUUUCUCCUGGAGAUUUCCAAUCCUGAAACCAUCUCAAACACAGCUGGCUUUGAGGGCUACAUUGACCUGGGCCGGGAACUGUCCACGUUGCACUCACUACUCUGGGAAGUCAUUUCCCAGCUGGAGCAGGGCACUGCCACCAAACUGGGGCCUCUGCCCCGGAUCCUGCGGGACGUCAACGCCGCUCUCAGUAACCCGGCCUGCGUGCAGGUGUCGGUCACGGCCGAGCACGCCGCCUCCACACCCAGUGCUGGCAACAGCAUCUCUGCAGGGCUGCAGAAAAUGGUCAUAGAGAAUGACUUAUCUGGUCUGAUAGAUUUCACACGGUUACCAUCUCCAACCCCUGAAAACAAGGACUUGUUUUUUGUCACAAGGUCUGCUGGGGCCCAGCCCUCGCCUGCCCGAAGCUCCAGUUACUCAGAGGCCAAUGAGCCCGACGUGCAGAUGUCUAAUGGCAGCAAGAGUUUGUCCAUGGUGGACUUGCAGGACAAUCGGCUCUUGGACAGCGGGGCCAACGCGCCCGGCACAGCCGACUCGCUCAAUGACAGUCAGUCGUCCCUGGGGCAGUUGCAGGGCAUUUGGAGCACACGGACUCAGCAGAACAGCGUGACGGGCAUGGCCACCGUGCGCCGGGUGGGCCAGACCCCCACCACGCCGAGCGGCGAGAGCGCGCCCGGCCGGCCGCAGCUGCUGGCGCCGCUGUCCUUCCAGAACCCCGUGUACCAGAUGGCCGCCGGGCUGCCGCUGUCCCCGCGCGGCCUGGGCGACUCCGGCUCCGAGUGCCACAGCUCGCUCAGCUCCCACAGCAACAGCGAGGAGCUGACGGCCAACAAGCACGGCUUCGCCGGCCCCGCCGCCGGCGAGGACUUCUCGCGCCGGCCGGGGGAGCUGGCCCGGCGGCAGCUGUCGCUGACCGAGAAGGGCGGCCAGCCCACGAUGCCGCGGCAGAACAGCGCGGGGCCGCAGCGCCGCAUCGACCAGCCGCCCCCGCCGCCCCCGCCCGUCAGCCGCGGCCGCACGCCGCCCUCCCUGCUGAACACGGUGCAGUACCAGCGACCUUCCAGCGGCAGCAUGAUGUCCUCAUCGCCCGACUGGCCCGGCAGCGGGGCGCGGCUCCGGCAGCAGUCCUCCUCCUCCAAGGGUGACAGCCCCGAGAUGAAGCAGCGCACGAUGCACAAACAGGCCCCUUCUCCUGUGAACCCCAAUGCCCUGGACCGCACUGCUGCUUGGCUUUUGAAUAUGAACAUGCAGUUUUUAGAAGAUGAAAGCAUUGACCCAGAUUCCAAGCACAGGGAUAAGCUCAGGAAUAAGGACGAGCUCAGCCAAGCAGAAAAGUACCAGCAGGACCUGGUGGUGCUGCAGGACAAGCUCCGCAUCUCCAACAAGAAGCUGGAGGAAUAUGAGACUCGCUUCAAAUGCCAGGAGGAGACCACGCAGAAGCUGGUGCUGGAGUACCAGGCCAGGCUGGAGGAGAGCGAGGAGCGGCUCCGGAGGCAGCAGGAGGAUAAGGAGAUCCAGAUGAAGGGCAUCAUCAGCAGACUGAUGUCGGUUGAGGAGGAGUUAAAGAAGGACCACGCUGAAAUGCAGGCUGCUGUGGAUUCCAAGCAGAAGAUCAUUGAUGCACAGGAGAAACGCAUUGCUUCCCUGGAUGCUGCCAACGCACGGCUAAUGAGUGCCCUUACUCAGCUGAAAGAGAGGUACAGCAUGCAGACACGUAAUGGGAUCUCCCCCACAAACCCAACUAAAUUGCAGAUUACAGAGAAUGGAGAAUUCAGAAACAGCAGUAAUUGUUAACGCGCGGAGGGCGCUGCCGCAGGAGAGGCCUGGCCGGAGGGACCGUGCGCAGCAGGCGUGAGCCGCGGCUUCAGAGAACGGCUGCUCCUUGAGCACCAGCUCCUUACUGCGGACGGCGCCGACUGACCCUGCUGGGAGAUGUCCUGCCAGCACUUUGAGGGACGGGAAUGUCGAGUGUGAGAUGAGUGGCAUAAGGAAAUAACAUAUAUCUGAGAAUCGCUGUCACUGGUGGAUUUGAGUCAGUGUUUAAUGUUCAAACAAAAGUAACCUUUUCCUUCUAAACUGCCCAAAGGAUAUGCCUCGCCCCUCCCAGCAAGGAGUAAGGUCCUUGUCAUGCAGUAAGCGAAAUAAAGGGAGCUGGGCAGAACCUGCAGCAGGCAGGGGCCCAGUAGGUCCAGUUCCAGUGUGCUGCUGGAUGUAGCGUCCGAGGGAUGGCAGCAAGGCCUGGCCCGCUCCUCCUGUGACUCCCCCCGAGCACAGCCCUCCCAAAGCGAACCCCAGCUGAGCCCAGCAUCCUUUCUGGGGGCUUUUGUGAGGCCACUGAAUUUCACAGCAUCCACAGGGCAUUUAUGCAGCUAAUUAGUGUUUAAUUAACUCCGCCCAUCCAGGGAGCACAGUGCAGAUGGAAGGUCAGGGCGGUGUGGUGGCCAAAGGGGGGCUGUGUGGGGAGCCCCCAUGGCAGGGGGCAGGACUGGUGCUGCUGGGGGUCCCUGGGCAGCCCAGGGGCACAGAGCAAGGCCAAGGCUGUGGCACAGGAGUGGAGGGAGGAGCUGGCACCUGGUGAAUGGCAACUCGAUUCCUUUGGACAGCUUCUGCUCUCUCACAAAUAAAGGGGAAGAGUUUUGUAAGCAAUAGCCCCAGGCAUCGUCCCACGCACACUUCCUGCCACAGAAUAAAGUGAAUGUUGCCUGAG